AUGCAAAGGAGUUAUCAGAAACGCUCCACUGCAUCAGUAGGAUAUCCGGGUAGAGCAAGAAGCUCUAAGCGCCACAAUCCAAAGUCUUCUUCUCCCAUGUCAGCAAGUUUGGGAAGUGUGGGAGAUCAAAAACUAAGGUGUAAUAGUAGCAAUAAAUUCCACUUCGGAGAAUGUCAGAUGAGGAGUGAUGCAUGUUAUGGGUGUGGUUCUCUUGACCACUUUCUUAGGGACUGCCCGGAACGAGUUGAUAGAGAGGUUUCACCAGCCCCGAAACCAAGUGCUCCCAUCUCUCGAGGUAGACCUCCACGACAUCCCGAAAAUCCUAGCGGCAGUCGAAUUAUUGCAAAGGAUUCUACUACAAAAUCAGAGGCUCGAGCCCUAGCGAGAACUUAUGCCAUACGCGCUAGAGAGGAAGCCUCAGCUCCUGAUGUUAUUAGGGUGCAUUUUCACUUCAUAAUAUUCAUGUUAUUGAUCAACCCAUUCGUACAUUUGCAUGAAAUUGGUGUAUAG